UCAUUGCCCAGCACUGAAAAUAUGUCUUCAUAGAAGAAUUUAGACUUGUUGACAAUUAAUUCAUACUUGAGAAUGUCUUUAUAGCUACGCAUAACUACAUUAUAGUGUGUUAAAAACAUUCAUUAAAUGUUUAUAUACUGCUUAUAAAUGUUAGUGUGACUCAAAUUACUGGACACACGAUGUGUCCAUACACAUACACUGAAAGUUCAUUCUCAGGGCAUUUGCACUUGAGGUUUCAAGCUCCCACAUCGUCCCAUCAACUCCAUACCUUACAGAUAUUUUCCAAAACAAAAAAUAGCCAGACUGUCUUCUAAUGGGAUCUUCUGGGAAAAGUUAUACAUCACACAAACAUAGACCCUGACGAAAACAUAAAUAUCCAUACUCAGUCCAAAACAGAUUCUUAUUUAAGUCUAUUCACCCUUGAAAGCUCAUUGAGGUCAGUUGAUUUUAGGCGACAUGCAGUUUAUUGUGUCCCAAGUGUUAUGACAUCUACUGUAGUCAUGAUGAGACUCUGUGUCAGGAUGAUUAAAGCAGAUAGUCCUGGAUUACGUACAUCCAUUACAAUAGUUGUUUUCUACCAAUGGUUUUAAAGGUCACUGAGGGUCAUCAGUCUCUUGUAGCUUUGAAGUGUUGAUUUCCUACAUCUGAAGUGUCUAAUUCAUCUUGAAGGAAUAUGCGUUCAUGAACAUGAGAGCUCUUUGUCAGGACUCGUCUGACUUUUCUCCUACUAUCGCUGACAUAGCGCGCAUCCUGUUGUUGUUGUAAGUCUACAGCCACCAGCCGGCCACUUCAGCCUCCCGGUCCUGUUUCCUCUACCCACUGGGCGCAAGAGUCAGCAUCCUGCCAUUCACUCGCAUAUCAUCUUCUCACAGAUUUUAUCUUAGCAGCAAGUGUGUAAACUUCUGCUUUGUCUUGACAGUACACUGUGUAUGACUAACUGAAAGAAGGUUAGCUGAAUUGAAAACAAAGUCAUGCAAGCAGUAUGUUUGCUGUCAUCACUUACGGCAGACUGAUUCCUGUUCUGCAGCUCCUCUGAUGUAGAUUGGUACAAUCUGGAGUUAAAAUUUUUUAGAUUUUACUUCAAAGGACAACAUUUUAUAGUGCACACAUAUUGUGCAAGAGAUAACCUAUUCAGACUUCAUGGUUAGAUUGACUUGAAAACAGCUCCAUCUUGUGGGACUAGACGCAAACAGCAUUAUAAUACAGCAGUCACAAUAUGUAAUUCAUUGUACCUUUACAAAUACAUGAUGGGAGCAUUUUGCUCAUUAAAAAGACAGACAGUUUAAGCUGUGAGCUAGCAGUUGAACAAUACUGAUGUUAUAUUUGGUGACUCUGCGGAUCUGCAUAUCUCAGCAGUGUCUUUCAAGUUAACCUCAGCCACCGAUAGCAACAAUGUGGUUAUGCAACAGCUCGAGAAGCGUGAUGAAAACAAAAUCUUAACGGUUAUUUUAGUGAUUCCCAAGCUUUUAGGAGAUUUGAGUGAAAGAGCUGGACAGUCAGAGAGAGAGAGAGAGAGAGAGAUGUGCAGCAAGUCUGAAAAACCUGUAGGUUAGAGGGUCAAUGCUGAGAGAUAUAAGCUUAGAGUCCAUUAGUGGAUUAUAACCAUAACCACUCCAUGGCUCCUGCAUCUCUCUUGGAUUAAAGAGAGGGAGAGAGCAAUACAGAGCUAUGCUUAGUGCAUGACAGUAACUGGAAAGCAAGUGAAGAGCAAAUUCAAAGGCAGAGCAUACGUGGACUGACAAAUACUGGGAAGCGAGCUGAAGUACACUUGGCAGUGGUGACAGCACACCUUCGGUAUAUCACCUGGUUGAAUAAGUGAAUCGCACGAGGUAAAUUUACACAAACUUUAAGUAAUCUGUCUGCAGUCUCUUUUUUUAGAGUGUGUGUGAUACAUCUCAGUAUGGACAAUUGUCAGGUAAACAGAUACAGCUUCAGCUUUCAUUAGCACAGGAAGCAUUUGCAGUAAUCAAACUGAUGUGGUUGUCAUGAAGAUAGGAUGGAAUGAUGAUUACUUCUGUCUUUUAAUGUCACAUAGAUUGGCUUUCAUUUACACAUUAUGUGUGAACAAACCACACGUAUACUAUGCAUGGUGUAUUUACUAUUUAAUAAUGCAUGACCUCUGUUGCUGUCAUCCUCAUCCAUAUUGUUGUGUAACUUUAAUUUUGUUAUGGCCUGAAUGAUUAUUCUGUGUGUGCGUGUGUGUGUGUGCGCGCGUGUGUGUGUGUGUGCGGAAGCAUGGACGUGGAUCUGGAGGGGAUUAUCCAGUGCAUCAAGCAGGGGGAUGAGAACGGUGUUCAGACACAGCUGCAGGAGUUCAACAAAGAGUAUGCCCAGUGCUUCUUCUUUGAUGCAGAGGAGAGGGACCGAAGGAAACAAAGGAAACUAGAAGAGUUCAGGAACAAUAAAGUGAGGGAAUACACUGAUUCUGACUCUGACUGUGACGAGUACAACCAGGAAGACCGAGGCCUCAUCCUCAGACAGAAUUUAGUUAUUGUCCUCUUGAGGUUCAUAAGAACAGGAGUGAAAUGCCGUCUGUUAAGAGUAUCUCUACGCACCCUGAGAAUCCUCUCCAGAGACAAAAAGGUCCUCAGCCCCUUGGUGACCGAUGGUUCUCUCCUGACGGUGGCGAAACUAGCUGGGCUGACCACAUGUGAUACAAGUGACGAAGCCAGCGACCCUGACUCUGAUUUCUACGAUAACAUAAUCGCUUCUCUCACUGAGGCCAAAGUGUUGCAGUGUCACACUGAUGAAGACGAAGGCGACGUUGAAGCCAGUGACCAAAACAAUGAAUGCUCUGCCUUUGAUGAGGAUGCCAAGAGUAACGUCAGCAUCACCACCAGCGGAGAUCUGGACAGCAUCAGCUGGUUUGGGAGCCACAGGACCAGCAUCAACGAAAUGCACAGAGGCAGCAUCCAUCACAAAGAGCUGGAGCGAGGGAGGAGGGACCGCAGAGAGAGCAAGAUGGAGGGGCAGGAAGAGGGGGAGGAGGAGGAGGACGGGGAGCCAGGAGAGGAGGCACAGAGAAAAGAGGCCAUGAAGGUGUUGUGUAAUGUGGUGUACAACAGCACCUGGGCGCAGGAGAGGUUCAGCGCUCUCAGGCUCAUGUGCGGUCUCAUAGAGUGUCUGUCCUCCAGUGUUAGUUGCUCAUCUCCCUCCAGUGUUCAAUUCUAUGAACUUCGCCUCAUGUUCCUCGUUACUGCACUGCGUCCAGAGCUCAGGACUCAGCUUCAACAGGAGGGAGGUGUGUCCAUCCUAACAGCAGCUCUGGAGAGCUGUCUGGAGGUUCAGUGGAAGGACCAGUAUGAGUGUGUGCUGAGCCCAGAAGCGCCACCCAUCUCACUAGAAGCCUCUCAGCGUAUCAUAGAGAUCCUCAAAAUCCUCUUCAACAUCACCUACAGCACCCACAGACAGGAGCCAAGUGAGGACGAUGCAGCUCUUUAUCGACACCUGGUGGCGCUCCUGCGUCUCUGCCUGAUGAGGAAGUGUACUCUGUCAGAUGACGCUGAUGAACUGCAGGGUCACACAGUCAACCUGCUGUCAGCGCUGCCUCUCCAGUGUCUCGAUGUGCUGCUGAGGGUGCCCCUGGAGCCAGACUCUCAGCAGUACCAGGGGGUUAACAUGGACUGUGUCCACGCCCUGGUGCUGUUUAUGGAGAGACGCCUGGAUUCGGGUGACAAGAUCAAAGAGAAGCUGACACCGAUCCUCAAUCUGCUGACAGAGAGCUGCAGGGCCCACAGAGAAACACGCCGUUACAUCAGGAAACAUAUCCUGCCUCCUCUGAGAGAUGUAUCACACAGGCCAGAAGAGGGCUCCACAGUGAAGAGUCGUCUGAUCCGUCUCAUGACUCAUCUGGAUACAGACCUCAAGCACUGCGCUGCUGACCUCAUCUUUGUCCUCUGCAAGGAAAAUGUGAGUCGUUUUGUCAAGUACACAGGCUACGGCAACGCAGCAGGCCUGCUGGCCACCAGGGGUUUGCUGGGCGGAGGGUCCAGGACCCCUAGCUCUGACGCCCAGUACUCCAGCGACUCGGACUCGGACACAGAGGAGUACCGGCAGGUCAAAGAUCGCGUCAACCCGGUGACGGGGCGGGUGGAGACCGAGCAGCCGGACCCCAUGGAGGGCAUGACAGAGGAGGAGAAGGAGGAGGAGGCCAGGAGGCUGAUCACGCUCUUCAACAAGCUGUCGAGAGAUAACAUCAUCCAGCCGAUGGAAGUGGAUUCAGAGGGGAAGUUGGUCCCGAUGUCGGGACUGAGGGAAAAUUCCCUCACUGAGGAGGGGAAGUCUGAGUCAGGUGUUGACGGAGAAACAGAGGAAGGAGAGAAGGACUGAAACAAGUCCAAUCCAUUCAAUGGAUUGAUUUCCUCUAGUAAAUAUCCCAUUUCUAAAGUUUGACAGUGCAUAAAUAUUCAUUGUGCUGUAAAUGUGUGGACGACAUAAAAACAAGGUGAUGUAGUUCUCACCCAGACCCAGCCAGCCACUCUAAAACCGAGUGAAUUCAACUCUUUCUUCUUCUUUGGACUCAGGCUAAUUUCAUAGAAUUUAUAGUAGAAUAAAUUGGUAAUUACAUGAUAAUAUCCUCCAAUAUUUUAAUACAGUCUUGAAAUCUUACUGUUUGUACUUAUACACGUGUAUUUUGAUGUAUAGUUUAAGUCUCGUACAUUGCAUUGGUUAGCUGUGACCCUGAAAUACAGCAAGAUGAAAUAAACAUCUGCACAGCAUA